AGCCAAUCACAAACAGCCUUCGUCUCCUAUAAGAGUAAAGAGAGCGUCCGUCAACACACAGGACACAAACUGCAGAGCUUCAGGGAAGAUGCUACUUUGGAUUUGUCUUGUGCUUCUUGGUGAAAUCUGUCAGGUGCCAGCUGUAGGAAAAAACUCAAGUAUGACUCAGGAUAGUGGGAUCAUAACAGCUAACGUUGGGCAGAAAGUGACUUUGAAAUGUAAUUGCGAGGACGAAUCUGUAAUUUUCCUUUACUGGUACCAGCAAAUCUUGGGAGGCAAACCUGUCAUCAUAUCAACUCGAAUGCGGAACUCAGAUGCUACCAUCUCCCCCGGGUAUGAAGAAAGGUUUGGCGUCUUUGAAAAUCAUAAUGGAGGCAACAACGAUCUCACAAUCAAAGAUCUUCGCCUGUUGGAUUCAGCAAGUUAUUACUGUGGGGUUUUAGUAUUCAACGCAAUUGAAUUCGGAAAAGGAGCAUUCCUUCAUGUCAAAGCAUCGAAGUCCAACAUCAACGCGGUCGUCCAUCAGCUAGCGUUGGAGCCACUUCGGGAGGGAGACUCUGUCAAUUUGAGCUGUUCAGUGUAUGCUACAGUAUGUGAAGGGGAGCAGAGCCUCUACUGGUUCAGACAUGGUGCGGCUCAGCCUGCAAUCGUAUAUCCCAGUGCCGGACAGUGUGAACAUAUCCUUAAAGGAGGGUAUGGCAUGAGAAAUUGCACUUUAAAACUGGCUUUAAAGUCUGUGAGCUCUCCGGAUGCAGGGAUGUAUUACUGUGCGCUGGCCUCCUGUGGGGAGAUCGUGUUUGGAAAUGGAACCAGAGUGGAGAUUUUAAGAGAUUCAACCAAUCAACGAUUUCUGCUGGUGUAUUGCUUCAGUUUGGCAUUGGCUGUUUCCAUUAUUGUGAUCCUCGCCUUGGCUUACAUUAUGUACAAGCUGAAAACAAAGUCUUGCACCGUCUGCAAAGGAACUGUUUCUCAUCAGGCGUGUUCAGCUUCUGAUACUUUGAGCCAAGAUGCAGACAUUCUCCAUUAUGCUGCUCUGAGUCUGAACCGAUCCAGAGAACGACCUCACCAUGAAGACAACGUGGAAAGUGUUUGUGUCUACUCUAGAGUAAAAAGCAGGAAAGUUUGAAGUACAAAACCAUCUAUUCUUCCUGUCAAUCUAUCGCAAGAGAACUUCACUUGACUAUGUUCAGAAUUAAAUAAUGUUGAAUGAAUUGAACAUGUGAAAUAUGUUCUAAGAUACCAUUUGCCAAGACUAUACAUUUCUUUAUACAAAGCAAGCUCAUAAAAAACACUAUGUCUAUUAAUAUCUUCCUUUGCCAGAAACAGAAGCAUUGGUUGCACCUUUCAAUCUAAAGCCGCCCCUCUUCGUUUACUUUUCACUCCUGCGGUAAAGGUGGUGUGAACAACAGAGUAGAAGUUUCCAUCAGUGGAAACAACAGUUCGAGCAGCGCAUGAUCACAGGAAGACUGGCCUUUGUGCAACUAGGGUAAGGGUUAACACCAAUGACUUGUCAAAGAUGAUGUUAAAGAAUGUUCACAUACCUAUAACUCCAACGGUCCAGAUAUAUUUCUUAGCUCAUGUGAAGUCUGGUUUGAUUGAAGCUUUCAAGUCAUUCUAUUAAACUUAGUUUUAGUCAUCGGUCACAGCUAAGUUUCACAGUUUCAUUUCCCCAAAACUCAUCUGCCCAAGUUUGACCCCAAGACAGGCUUUUCUAGGAAAUGUGUCAAAAAUGCAAUUUCCAGAACUCUUGUCGUUGAUAGAGAUACAAAAACAUGGGUAUUCUCAGAUAAAAAUACUAAAUAACAACAUUUUCUUUUUCCCAUUUGGCUGGGCAAUAUGGCUCCAAAUACAAAGAGGAUAUUAUGUAAUACAUUAUAUGCAAGAUAUAUGAUAGUGUCAGUCUGGAAAC